UACAUUGUAACCUAGUUAUUCACCAAUUUCCUCUCUAAACAGCAAUAUAAGAUGAAUAAGUUAUUUGUACUGUUUUUGAUGGCCCAGCACCUAUUUAUAGUUACAGUCCUGGCUCAAACCGCUCCCCCAUGUGAUUGUGAAUGUACUGGGGUUAGAGCUUGCAGAGAUAUAAACGAUUGCAUUAACAAAUGCGAUUCGGAAGUUUGUACUGACCAAGCAAUUAAUGGAUGCUAUUGUAAAGAAGGAUAUUGCGCAAAUAAACACAACGUUUGUGUACCCAUUGAGGACGAUUAAUUUUUAAAUACAAGGAUUCAAAAAACUGUAAUUUUAUUUAUUAAGUUUAAUUAAAAUUAAACAUUUCAUAUAUAG